GCCAUUUCCAGCGGUUGCGGGUUCUCACGGGUUGAUAUCACCCGGGACCAUGAGCUAUGACUACCAUCAGAACUGGGGCCGCGAUGGGGCGCCUCGCGGCUCCGGCGGAGGCUAUGGAGGAGGUUAUGGUGGGAGUCAUGGCGGAGGUCGUGGAGGAAACCGAGGCUCUGGCGGCGGCGGCGGUGGUGGUCGCGGCGGUCGGGGCCGACAUCCCGGGCACCUGAAAGGCCGCGAAAUCGGCUUAUGGUACGCGAAGAAACAGGGGCAGAAGAACAAGGACGCCGAAAGGCAGGAGAGAGCUGUAGUACACAUGGAUGAACGCCGAGAAGAGCAGAUUGUGCAGCUACUCCAUUCUGUCCAAGCUAAGAAUGAUAAAGAUUCAGAGGCACAGAUAUCCUGGUUUGCUCCUGAAGAUCACGGGUAUGGUACUGAAGCUCCUUCUAAGAACAAACCAAACUCAGAGAAAAAACUUGAGGAACAUGAAAAAAAACUAAUAAAUCAAGAAAAGAGGACAUUUAGAAUCAGGGACAAAUAUAUUGACCGAGAUUCAGAGUAUCUGUUACAAGAAAAUGAACCAGAUGUAACCUUAGACCAACAAUUACUGGAAGAUUUACAGAAGAAAAAAACUGACCUUCGAUAUAUUGAAAUGCAGCACUUCAGAGAAAAGCUGCCCUCAUAUGGAAUGCAAAAGGAAUUGGUGAAUAUGAUUGAUAAUCAUCAAGUGACAGUAAUCAGUGGUGAAACUGGUUGUGGAAAAACCACUCAAGUUACUCAGUUCAUUUUGGAUAACUACAUUGAAAGAGGGAAAGGAUCUACGUGCCGGAUAGUUUGUACUCAGCCAAGAAGAAUUAGUGCCAUUUCAGUUGCAGAGAGAGUAGCUGCAGAAAGGGCAGAAUCUUGUGGCAAUGGUAAUAGCACUGGAUACCAAAUUCGUCUUCAAAGUCGGUUGCCAAGGAAACAGGGUUCAAUCUUAUAUUGUACCACAGGAAUUAUCCUCCAGUGGCUUCAGUCAGACCCGCAUUUGUCUAGUGUUAGUCAUAUUGUGCUUGAUGAAAUCCAUGAGAGAAAUCUACAGUCAGAUGUUUUGAUGACUGUGAUUAAAGAUCUGCUCAAUUCCCGACCUGACCUGAAAGUAAUAUUGAUGAGUGCAACCUUGAAUGCUGAGAAAUUUUCAGAAUAUUUUGGUAACUGUCCAAUGAUACACAUACCUGGUUUUACUUUUCCUGUUGUGGAGUAUCUUUUGGAAGAUAUAAUUGAAAAAAUAAGAUAUGUUCCAGAACAAAAAGAACACAGAUCCCAAUUUAAGAGAGGCUUCAUGCAAGGGCAUGUAAAUAGACAAGAGAAAGAAGAAAAAGAAGCAAUGUAUAAAGAACGUUGGCCCAAUUAUAUAAGAGAACUGCGAAGAAAAUAUUCUACAAGUACUGUAGAUAUCAUAGAAAUGAUGGAUGAUGAUAAAGUUGAUCUGAAUCUUAUUGCUGCUCUUAUUCGACACAUUGUUUUGGAAGAAGAGGACGGAGCAAUAUUGGUCUUUCUACCAGGCUGGGACAAUAUCAGCACUUUACAUGAUCUCCUGAUGUCACAAGUGAUGUUUAAAUCAGAUAAGUUUCUUAUUAUACCUUUACAUUCACUGAUGCCAACAGUUAACCAGACACAGGUAUUUAAAAGAACUCCUCCUGGUGUUCGGAAAAUAGUAAUUGCUACCAACAUUGCAGAGACUAGCAUUACUAUAGAUGACGUAGUAUAUGUGAUAGACGGAGGAAAAAUAAAGGAGACACAUUUUGACACACAGAACAACAUAAGUACAAUGUCUGCUGAAUGGGUUAGUAAUGCUAAUGCCAAACAAAGGAAAGGUCGAGCUGGAAGAGUUCAGCCUGGUCAUUGCUAUCAUCUGUAUAAUGGUCUUAGAGCAAGCCUUCUAGAUGACUAUCAGCUGCCAGAAAUUUUGAGAACUCCUUUGGAAGAACUUUGUUUACAAAUCAAGAUUUUAAGGCUAGGUGGAAUUGCUGAUUUUCUAAGUAGAUUAAUGGAUCCACCAUCAAACGAAGCAGUGUCACUCUCCAUAAAACAUCUUAUGGAACUGAAUGCUUUGGAUAAACAAGAAGAAUUGACACCUCUUGGAGUCCACUUAGCACGAUUACCAGUUGAGCCACAUAUUGGGAAAAUGAUUCUUUUUGGAGCUCUGUUCUGUUGCUUAGAUCCAGUACUCACCAUUGCUGCCAGUCUCAGUUUUAAAGAUCCCUUUGUUAUUCCACUGGGAAAAGAGAAGAUUGCAGAUGCAAGAAGAAAAGAGUUGGCAAAGGAUACUAAAAGUGACCACCUGACCGUCGUGAAUGCAUUUGCAGGUUGGGAAGAAGCCAGACAGCGUGGUUUCAGAUAUGAAAAAGAUUAUUGCUGGGAAUAUUUUCUCUCUUCAAACACACUGCAGAUGCUGCAUAACAUGAAAGGACAGUUUGCUGAGCAUCUUCUUGGCGCUGGAUUUGUAAGCAGUAGAAAUCCUAAAGAUCCAAAAUCUAAUAUAAAUUCAGAUAAUGAGAAGAUAAUUAAAGCUGUCAUUUGUGCUGGUUUAUAUCCCAAAGUUGCCAAAAUCCGACUAAAUUUGGGCAAAAAAAGAAAAAUGGUGAAAGUUUAUACAAAAACUGAUGGACUGGUUGCUAUUCAUCCUAAAUCUGUUAAUGUGGAGCAAACAGAAUUUCACUACAAUUGGCUUAUUUAUCACCUGAAGAUGAGAACAAGUAGUAUAUACUUAUAUGACUGCACAGAGGUUUCUCCAUACUGUCUCUUAUUCUUUGGCGGUGAUAUUUCCAUCCAGAAGGAUAAUGAUCAGGAAACGAUAGCUGUAGAUGAGUGGAUCAUCUUUCAGUCUCCAGCAAGAAUUGCUCAUCUUGUUAAGGAAUUAAGAAAGGAACUAGAUAUUCUUCUGCAAGAGAAGAUUGAAAGUCCCCAUCCUGUAGACUGGAAGGACACUAAAUCCAGAGACUGUGCAGUUCUGUCUGCUAUUACAGACUUAAUCAAAACACAGGAAAAAGCAACUCCCAGGAAUUUACCACCACGAUUCCAGGAUGGAUACUACAGCUGACAACUUUUCUGUGGUGGCCUGAACAGCCAGUUUAAUAGCCAUUUUUCAUCGCAGUUCAAGUUUUGGCUGGAUGCCAAACCCUGAAACAUGAAUAAUUUUCAUAUGCAAGGUAGAAAAUUUCAGUAGGUAGUAAAAACUUAAUGUGCAUGACUUAUCUGUAGCUGUUAUAUCAGUAAAAGAAAUAGGUUCCUGAUCAUAUACUUGGAUGUGUUGUACCACUUGACAAUUGCUUUGUUUUGUCAUAAAAAAUUUAAUUUUUCUGCCCCCAAUGACUUGACUAUCCACACAACCAGUAAAACUAGAUUGGUUAGCCAAAAAGGUGUGUCAGAAACAAAUUUGAACUUUUUUUCCAUUUUUGAAACAAAAUUUCUAUCAGAAUAAAGCCCAGUAUCUAAUAAAAUAUACAGUGUGUUAAUCUCAGCUAACUUUUGGCUUGGGUUCUAUAUUUCCACUGAUACCUUGGUUUAUUUGAUUUUUUUUUUUUUAUCUUUUUAGAAUAUAUUCUUCACAUCACCUUGUGUAACAUAAUGUAGCAAUUAAGGGGAUAAAAAAUAGCCUGAUAACUUAAAUUAAGAUGUCAGCUCUGUUCCUUGCUAGCUGUCUUCAGCAAGGUAAUUGGCUUCUUUUGUUUUCCCUUACCUAUAAAAUACAGGAAACAAUUGUGAGGAUUAAAUAGGUGAAUAUGUAAAGCACAUCGACUAGUGUUUGGCAGGUAGGAUGCACUAACUAAAUCUUAGGUAUUUGUCACUGAAAUUUUUAAAUAACAUUCCAUUAUACCGUUUUCCAGUCAAUGCUAUUUUGCUCUCUUACAAUGAAAGCUGGGGUGACAUGUGCUUUGUUUUUUUACCCAUAUCAGAUUGUGACAAAUACUAUUGCUAGUUGUCCAGCAGCCUUUUUGUCCUUCUCUUAUGUUUGUUCAAGUGGUCCCCUCCCAUGCAGCCUUUUUUGAACACACUUCCCCAUGGAUCAGCUAGAUUGUUACAAGCCAGUCAUACAUGGUCUUACUUCCCUUGAAAUACUUAUGAAGUGUGAGUAUGUGAAUCUGUCCUAGCCAGUGGCAAUUGAAGAGAUCUGAGAGGGAGCAUCUUUACAAAUAGAGGAGAACAUUUUUCUUUCUUUUAUCUUCACUGAGUCUGGUAUUGAGAACUGUAGCCAGUUUGAAUUCCAGGGAAUGUUGAGGUAGGGUCAAUAGAAAGUUGGAAAUCACCAGUUACUGGUUAUGUUAGUGAACUGCUGAUUCUCCAGCUCUAAAAUGGACUUAACUUGAUAGUUCAAAAAAAAUUAUUUUGGCCACUUUUAAUAGAAUAUUUUGUAUAAACUUGGAAGAAAACAACUGAAACACUAUCCAUCAUUGCUUGAGCCUGUUUUUCUACCAUUUACUCUAUGAUUGAACAGUUUGACAAAAGAUAUGAAAAGGGUAGUACUGGACAUACUGCAAUAUAAAAAAACCUGAUCCUAAAAAAUAUUUUACUGUGCCUUUAACUAAAAAUAAAGAAACCAAAGGAAGAGUAUCAUACAAUGGCUGGAAAUUCUUGAUAUUGUUGUGACCAUCUGUUAAGAGCACUGGUUCAGGUACUGCUCCCAUUUUGGGGAUAUCAGUCAUCCUAUCUAUCAGUGCCUUCCAAGGCUUGGGCUGUAGUCUGUGUCCAAAGUCUUGUUUCUUGGCUCAAUUCCCAAAAGUGAUGUCUCAUUGAAUUCUUCCAUUGAGUCCUAUCACAUGUUAUAGUUCAGUUUUGUCCCUAAAGUCAAGUGACAUUGGGUCCUAUUUGCACACUAAGAAUGUUUGUUUAAGAAUGUUUGUUUUCCUUGAGCUCUUCUUUUUUGGCUUUUAUUUUGUAGUUUAAAUUCAGUUGGCCAAAUGGUCUUGGAAGAAAGCAGUCAAAGAAUCUAUAAAUACAAGUUACCAGUUAAUUGGUUCCUUAUCUGCAAACCGUAUAGAUGGGGAAAUGAUUCCUGAAAAAUUGCUUAAUAGAUAAGCUAUUCAGUAAUUGUAGCAGUUACUAUCACCCCCAAUUUGUCUUCAGCUGGUUAGAUGAAAUUCUACUCACAACUGCCGUUUUUGUUCUGUUCUUUUGUUUAUAAAAUGUUACUGAGUGGAAACUCUAUUUCAGGUGUAAGAGCUAUUACAUUUUACUGGAUUUAAAGAAAAGACAUUAAGAAGGGAAAGUCUAUUUGCCUCUCCUUCCUGAGUGAUGCAGAGAAUAACUCUUGAAAAAUAAUUCUGAAACAGAAAGUUACGGGAAAAAAACAAACCCCUGAAUAAUCCUUAAAAGCAUCGGUGAGAAGUGAGUCCUAAUGUAUGAACGUGGUCAAAAGCUUUACUCUAUGACAUUUAGUUGUAAAUGGUUUUCCAUUCUUAUAUACUUAAAAAAAAAAUUCAUCCUAACAUUCAAAAUUUAUAUAAAAACUUUGGAAUUUAUUUUAGAGCCCACACACCCAAAGAGUGUGGUCACUUCUACUCUUCUACCAUUAUGUUUAUGUAUUUUUUUAAAUAAUCGUGACUGUUUGGUAUAAUCAUGUAUUUACAAUAUGCUAAAUGUUGUUAAAUGGUAUUUUUGUUCUGAUCAUACAUCUAGUAGAAUAUUUGGAAGUUGAACAUAUAAGAAAAGCAUGUUAUUACUUAUGUUUUGGUAUAUCCAUAUUUUUUUAAGCCUUAAGUUAUUUUAUAUAUAAUAAAAUUAGCCAAUUGAAGUGUAUAAUUCAGUGAAUUUUGUCAGAUGUAUAAAGUCAUGUAAUUGCUACCACCACCAUCUUCACAUUCCUAUCCUAAAAAUUUCCCAUAUCGUCAUUUGCAUUCAGUCCCCUCCCCGUACUUCUACCCACUGGCAACCACUGGUCUUGUGCCUAGUGUUGCCUUUUCUAGUAUUUCAAAUAAAUGAAACCAUAUGUA